AGUGUGCGCUUUUAUGUUGUAAAGUGAAGGUGUGUGAAACCUGACCUUUAUCGUUCAAGUGUAUUAGUUUUCUGGUACCGCUUUUCGCAACUGCAGAAUUUACUCUGUAAUUCACCAGGUCUUACAGUUGCUAAUGACCACCACAACAAUUUCAAACUACUAUUUCUCAUUUUUAUCAGAAUGGAGUUACAUCAUAGUCAGAACAAUUACGACGUUGAAAGCAACAAAUCACCAUGGUACGGUUCAAAGACAAGUUGUACUAGUGGCAAUGACGAAAUGAUGUUCCAGUCUACCGAAGAAAUAUUAAAACAAUCAGAUCCUAAGAAGAAGGGACACCUUUCUAGUCGAGAUGCGAAAACUGGGGGUGGCCAUGGUAUUUCAGUGGAACAUCCUACAUCGUAUUUGGAAACUCUCAUGCAUUUAUUAAAAGGAAACGUAGGAUCUGGUAUAUUUGCUAUGGGCGAUGCUAUAAAAAAUGCAGGCAUUGUUCUAGGCCCUAUAGUAGUUCUGAUUUUGGGCUUAAUAUGUCUUCACUGUCAACAUUUGUUGUUGAAUGCCGCCAAAACUCUCCAGACUAGACAUAAAAUUAAGCAAUCUCCUGAUUUUGCAGAAACUGUCGAAUUAUGUUUCGAAAAAGGACCAUCUAAACUAUCUCGUAUGUCGGUAUUUGCCAGGAAAACAGUAAAUGUGUUUUUGUGCAUUACACAACUUGGAUUUUGCUGUGUUUAUUUUGUUUUCAUAUCCGACAACAUGAAACAGGUUCUCAAUUAUAAUGGCUAUGAAGUAGAUGUCCAUUUACUCAUGGUUAUAAUUUUGGUACCAAUUUUAUUACCUUCGUUGGUACGAAAUUUGAAAUACCUCGCUCCGUUUUCCACAGUAGCCAACAUUUUAAUGAUAGUUGGAAUAGUCGUUGUUUUAUAUUAUUCAAUAUCUGAUGGUCUACCAGAUGUAACUGAGCGUAAUUAUAUUGCCAGCUUUGGAACGAUCCCAUUGUUUUUUGGAACUGCCGUUUUUGCUUUCGAAGGAAUAGGACUGGUACUACCGCUUCAGAAUGAGAUGAAGAAGCCAAGCGACUUCGACAGAACGUUUGGAGUGCUGAAUGUUGGAAUGGUUAUUGUUACAGCAUUAUAUAUAACUGUUGGUUUUAUUGGAUACCUGAAAUUUGGAGAUGCGAUACAGGGUAGUAUCACUCUGAAUUUACCUCCAGAACAACCAUUAUAUCAAGCAGUUAAGAUAGUAAUAUCGGCUGGUAUACUUCUAACAUAUUGUCUUCAAUUUUACAUUGCUAUCGGUAUUAUGUGGCCGACAAUACAUGAACGACUAGGAGACAUCAGGCAUCCGGUUAUGGGAGAACUGGUAUUCAGAGCAGCAAUGGUUAUUGUGACAUUUAUUUUGGCCGAAGCAAUUCCUUUUCUCAAUCAUUUUAUAUCCCUGGUUGGAGCUAUCAGUAGUUCAGCUCUAUGCAUGGUGUUUCCGGCUAUUUUGGAUCUAGUAACAAAAUAUUCUCACGAAGAGCUUUCUUUUUUGGUUAUUUUCAAAAAUAGUUUUAUUUUAUUAAUAUCCAUAUUAGGAAUGGUCACAGGAAGUAUUGAGAGCUUCAAAGCAAUAGUGAAUGCAUUUCAAAAUAGUUAAUUAAUGUUUCUUCCUACAAUAUGACAAUGUACCUACAGCUUUAAUAAUUCAAUUCGACUACAAAAGAAACUUUAUACAAUGUUAAUUGCUUGCCAUUUAUUUUGAUCAAUAAGGUAAAAUCAAUUUAAGCAAGCACAUAAAUUUUAAUUUAUUUUAGGACCAUGAAAUUACUAUGUACAUAAUAUAUUUAAGAACUUAAUGAUACUUUGGUGCGGUUGCAUCUGAAAUAGCUUAGUUAUAUCAGACAAGUGACAGAUACUCUUCCACAAAGUGGACGGUCUUCUUAAACAAAUCUAUCAGAUUCUUCAGGCGUCACAAAUUACAUGAUAUUACUUGUGUAGUGUGAGUAGCUUCUUAAGUUUGAAAGUAACAGACCGUAAAAAAAUACGGAGCAAUAUAUCAACUCAAAGGAUUGAAAAAAUAUUGAAUAGAUUCAAUAUAUCCAUUGUUCUUGUCAAUAGCACUAAGAUGAAAAUUUUCAUAGGAUUUAAUGUAAUUUGUGACACCACAAAAAGUAGACCGUUCUUCUCUUUGUAGAAGAGUCCUUGGGAUGAAGUUAGAUAUUCUUUAAGGUAUUUAACGUAUUGCAAUUCCACCUUAAUUACACUCACAAAGAAAUAAUUUUCUGUGAAAUCUUUUAGGCAAUUCAAUAUACAUGUCUAAAAUCGUACUUCAAAUUUCAUACCUGAAUUAUGUAAACUUGACAGUUAAAGAUUGUAUUUUUAGAACGUGUACAACUCAAAGAAUAACAAUUAUAUAUCAAUAACAAGUAAAAAAGUCGUCACUCUCGGUGCGAGAGACCAUAGAGCAUUUUUUAAUAUUAGCAAUUAGUCAAUAUUAACAAAAAUCUUAAAUAAUAAAAAGAAGUUUCCAUGAAAAAUUUGACGUUUCGAGCUGUUGCGGUCUUUAUCAAAAUAUCACAAUUACAAAUAGCCAAUUCUCGAUGUAAAGAUUACAAAGUGUGUUCUUCCCGAGGGCUCAUUUUCGAAUCAUUCUGCGCAUCUCUUUGGGAGCGAAUUCUCAUCGGCUGCUUCCCAGCUGGUGCGCUAUAGCACACCUUGUAGUCUUUACAUCAUGUAGUCAAUUUACUUAUUUUUGAGAGAACAACUGAAAAUAUAAUACCUACAAUUAAAUGCAAAAAACAUUAUUCCUGUGAGGAGAUAUGGCUGCUACAGACAGACGGACAAAUUGCUAGUAAUAUUGCAUUUAUUUUUAAAAAAUGGGGAAAAACUGUGACAAACGAUAUUCUCUUAAUUAUGAAAAAUAAAAACUUUGCUACUAAAACAAAAUCCAUUAUGCAUCCGUUACUGUUUUCAUUGUGAACAUAACACAUUACUCAAAAGCCGUGUGACUAACUAAGAAAAACACGUUUUUUGCCAAAAAUUUCAAUUUUAGUUAACAAUGUGAUCUCCUUCAGGAGCAAUAUAAUCAUUCCAACGCUCCUAUAACUUCUCGAUGCCGCUUAUAGAAGGAUUUGCCUUUUGCAUCAAAAUAGGCUUCAGUUUCAGCAAUUGCUUAUUCAUUAGAGUUGACUUUCUUAACGGUGAGCAUUUUUAUGAGAUCAGCGAAUAGCCAGUAGUCACAGGGGGCCAGAUCUGGACUAUAAGGUAGAUAAGGAAGCAUUUCGAAGCUUAAUUCGUAUAACUUAACCAUCGUCGCCAUCGACUUGAGAAUCGGUGCAUUGUCUUGAUGAAACAGUGGUUUUUUCUCCAAUAUAUGACAUUGUUUUUCUUUGAUUUUUGCAUUCAAACGAUCCAACAACUCUAUGUGGUUUUCACUAUUGAUUGUCUCUCCCUUUUGGAGCUCACUGUUGUGCAUUUGGAUACUUUGAAUGAGGUUCACUGGUUGCAAUCCAUGAAUCAAUGUUUCAUGCAUUGUCACAUUGCUCUUCUCGAUGGAGCGGAGUCCUUAUAACACUUUUGAAGCCAUUGCUGAGCUUGUACAGUAGUUUUUUCUCAUCAAGGAGCAAUGAUAAAUUAACACACGAAGUUUUUUUUGAAUCCUUUGUUCUGAAAAUAACAAAAGUAGCUUCACUUAAAGAGUUGUCACUUUUUUCUGAGUAAUAAAUUGUUUUACAUAGUCUUUUGAAAUUUUGGAAUUGUUAGAUCAGUACACAAAUAUUUCAUAAAUAUAUUUUAUAACGUACUACACUUACUUUUGAAACAAUACUGCCUCCGUUGAUCAUUCGUGUUUUUCUGUGUUUGGAAUCCAUUGAUUAUGCCUUUGCUUGCGAAUAUUAGUAGUAUUUUUAAAAUUUGUGAUAAAUUAUAGUUCUUGUUAAGACAAAUACGAUAGAUGUCGUUCACUACCGCUAACACUACUUCUAUUACAUACUGCAAAUAUGAGGCAGCAUAUACUCAUUUUUAAUUGUACUUGUGCGUACAAUUGUAAUUGUACGCUCGAAUUGUAUUUGUAGACAUUUUAUCUAAUCUUGUGUACAAAAUGAAGUUCUUCAAAUCAAAAUUACUCAAUAGAUACUUAAUUUGUUUUUAUGGAACCGAGAAAAAAUUUAAACCACACAGAAGUAGCAAAUUUUUUCAUAUUUUUUAAUAAUUAAAUGAAUACCGCUUGCAAUAAUUCUCUAAUAAUAUAUAAUUGUUAUAAGUCCAAUUAAUUAUUCCCAGUUUUCCAUCCAUUCCAUUUACAAACUUUUAUAUUUAGAUUUAAAAGAAUAUUUCACUUAUUUUUCCAAUCAAUCAUAUUCUUACAUUACACUCCAAAAAGCUGUGAACGAUUUCAUAUGAAACUAUAGAACUUCUAAUUGUAUUUUGUAAGAUAUUUUAGAAAUAUUUAUUCAAUGUUAUUUUAUAUAUUUUAUGUUAUCUUGUUUAUGUUUUAGAGUCAUUCUUAUGAAAUUUUAAAAUUUCAUAAUAUUUAUUGUAGCAAAUAUAGUCUAGGUAAAUUUUAACAGAAAUUAAGAAUUUGCAUAACUACCAUAAACCCAUAUACAUUAUGUCGCAAGAUGAAGUUACUUCCAUCUUUUCGUUACAUGAAGGAAUUUUGUACUAUAAUACAGAGUAUCCUCAUUUUUAAAUAUAUAAUCAACUAAACAAAAAAAAAGCCGAUUUGAAAUAUUUGAGGUUAAACAUAUCGAAAAUAUAUAUUGAAAAAAAUAUUCAAAAUAUAACCUCAUGUCAAGAUUAACAUUUUUAUUUUAAAUGGUAUCUAUAUACAAAAUCAUUGUUCUUUUUUAUCCAACGUAUAUGAAAUUUUUUGCUUAACCAACGACGAACAUUUCUUGUUUUAAAGAUAGAUACACCAUGUAAUUGACAAUACAUAUUAAUGCAUACCAUAAUUCUUUUUUGAAAAAGUUUAUUAAAAAGAUCAUCUUUGAAUGAUCUUUAUUGACAAAAGGACCAAUCAUUCUAUCUCGAAAAAUAUUACACCAGACGUUUACUUUUUGAGAAUAGGUACUAGUCUUUAAAAUUUAUUACUCAAUGGGGAUAAUCCCUCGUCCAGUACCUGAAGUUUUGAAAUAGUUUAACACUAUUAUUAGUAAAUGUGUCCAAAUCUGAACCAAAACAUAAUUUUUUUUGGAAAUGUUCAUCAUUUAAAAACCGCCAAUAUUAAGUUGAGAUGAUGUAUUACGAAGGCUUAUUAAAGGAGUUGUGUAAUGUUCCGCUAAAAUAUAAAAUGCGAGUGUUUUAUCUCCGAGAUGUUAACCAAUAUGAUGGAUAUUAAUAUCACCAUCAGCUCCAUAGCAUUUAUUGUAGCUGAUUUUCCGUGAGUAAUGGAGCCAUAUUGUGGGUAUCAUAAGUUAAAUGCUACAGAUCUUCAUUUUUUUUACUAGAUGCUGUUCUCAAUCAUUUCGUUUUUUUCUCUUAGUCACUGGUAUUUUGAUUCUGAGAUGGCAAAAUUAUGAAAAUCUUAAAAUGAAAUUAAAUGAUAAACAAUUGGAGUUUUCUCAUGAUAAUUAGUAUAUGGUAUUGGAAUAAUAUUUUGAACAACUUUCUACAUUUCACUUCAUUAAGACUAAUUCUCAAUUCUUUCAACAAAGGAAAAUCCGGAGGUAUCUUCAUCUUAAACACGACACGGUGUAUUAUGGGUGAUCUGAAUAAAAACAUACAUAUUUCUUUGAAAUAGCUGAAUGUAUUUUCUUCCCAACUCAAUCGUCUGUUAGAAUAAAAAAAUAUAGGAUGCAAUAACUUGGAUUUAAAUUUGUGAUAAAAAUAUUUUGAAUGCGCUAUACCGACUUAAACUAGAAGUAUUAAAUUAUGUGAUAACGUAGGUAAGGAAUAAAGAUGUAAAUAAAAUUAUUAUUUGCUGGUUGCUCUGUUGUCUUAUUAUUUCUAUAGGGUUAAAUAUAACAGUAUAGAGGUAGUCUUAGAAAAGUGUAAGGACGUAAGUCCUCAAAAUAAGUAAAUAUUUUUUGUGGGGCUUUUCGCACAUCUGGUCACUGGAACUGGUAUGUUAUUUGCAAACAUAAAUUCAAUGAUUAUAGCUUCUCUACUACUUCUAUAUACCCUAAGAAGUUGCUAUCAGUGGUAAUCAGUUAAUAUAGUUCCCUAUUUUUUGUCAUUGAGUUUGUUUCCAUUGUGAAGAUGAUAAAGUGAUUUUAUAAUUAUCUUCUAAUUAUAUCUUGUAUAAUUAUUUAUACAGGGUGAGUAAUGAUUCUUUGCAUUGCAAAAACGCCUCGUCUUUAUUAAUUUACAGGAUGAUUUGUGAAAUUGACAUUUUAAUUUACAGUGCUCGUAUAGUUGAGCUAAAGUGAUAUUAUAUAAACUAAGAAAUUCUAGGAGACCGGCUAUCGAAAAAUCAAUUAGGAAUUCGUAUCAAAUAUUGCACCCUAUAAAAUAUAUUUUCUUGAAUCCAAUAAGUGAUUUUCAUAUCCAAUAUAUACAAAUAUAGAACAACCACAUUGACGUAUUACAUAAUAAGGUAAAACAAUUUGAAAAAUUCUGUUUUCUGACUAAAAUGAUAAACUGUAUGGAAUUACAAUAAGGACAAACACAAAACAAGCAAAUAAAUAUAGUUUAAAAAUUUUAGAAAAAGCACGAUUUUAUAGCGCAUCAAACUAAUAAGUUUUUUAAAAUAACUUCAAAAUAUAAAAGAAAGAAGAAUUAUAAUAAUAUUGUGGAAAAAAAACGUUGGGUGCUCGAUGUGCGAGAAAUACAAAACGCUCCACGACUUUUUCACAAUAAUACUGCUAUUUUUCAUUCAUUAAUGUUUUGAGCUUAUUUAAGCAAAAUUAUUUUCAACUUUUUGUUUGUUUUUGUUUGUGCUUUGAAAGCGUGUUUUUUAGUUUUCUUAAGCUAUAUUUAUUUUUAACUUUUCAGUUUCAUACGCUGUGGAAGCGUGUUUUCAGUUUUCUUGAACUAUUUUUAUUUCCCACUAUUUAGUUCGAUUUAUUGCCAAACAUAAAAUUUUUCUUUAUGCUAUUAGUACUGUAAAUCUCGAACAGAGUAUUCACGGAUGUAAAAUUCUUCUCGAACCCCAUAAUAAAGUAUAGUGUUUAUUGAGAAGUAAUACUUAUGUAGGUAGUAUAUUAAAUUACCAACAUAGGGCAGACAGUUGUGAAAUUUGUUUUGAUGUAAAGAGAAAAUUUGCAGUGAUAAUUUCUGAAAAAAAUUUACGGAAAAAAACAUAUAUUUUCACAGCGUGAACGAGAUUUGAGCGUUUGUGCCUACGACCGGCGAAUCCGUUGGUUGACGCCUUAGCCCGCUUGGCUAAUGUGUUGGGAUAUACUACCAGUAAUAAGUCACAAAGAACUAAAAAAAUACAUUAAUUGCAACAAAAUGAAAAUAAUUUGAAGAGAUUCUCCAAAUGGAACCUAGUAUCCUCUACAUAUUUUAGUUGCUGAAUUGUUAGUUGCCGUAUUGAAUUACCGAUAUAUAAUUUAUAAGUAUAAUUCUAUCAAUUAAUAGUUGUCGUUUAUUAAUAAUCUCCGUGUUGCUGCAAUCGUCCCCAAAUAUGGUUAAAGGGUUUUUAAUCAGGAGAUCUUGAGGGCCAUUAAACAGGACUUUCACGACAUGAUGCCCUAUCAUAAUGAAAAUACAUCCAGGGCCGGAUUAAGCUGGGGGCUUGGGGAGGCUAUAGCCCCGAGCCCCAGGUCCAAGAGGGCCCCGUCUGUAUUCUGUAUGUUUGGAUGUGAUGAUACCAGAAAUCGAACGCAUUUAUUGAUAUUAUUUUUUCUAUUUUUACGGGUUUCCGAUUUCCUUAAGGGGACUCCGUCAUUAUUUUAGCCCCGGGCCUUAUAAAUCUUAAUCCGGCCCUGAAAAAGUCGAAAUAAAUCCGUUCUCUUAAAGGAUCAUUAAAGUGAGGAGCUACUAAUUGGUCAUUUAUAACCGAAAACUUUAACUGGGAACAUUCUCGAAUGGCAUGGGGAUUUUCUUCUGCCGAUACAUAUGAGUUACAAAGUAUUUAUCUCGUCUCUUAUAAAUUGGUGUUCAUUUAAUAAUAGUGUCCUGUACAGCGUUUAUCGAGGAAUAAUUAAAAUUAAAAAGUACCUAAUUGAUUUAAGUAACAGUAAAAAAAUUAUACGUACAAACUAGAUCAUAUUAUAGGUACUCAUUUCAGUUAAAAUACUCGAAAUUUAUAAAAUUUCUCUAAAUUGAUGCCUUAUUAUGUGCUCCUUGAUUAUGGUUGCUCUAUCUUCAGAGAUUUGAACGUUCAAUAAAAAUUGAAUAACAGCCGGUCCUGGAGUUUCCAAGUUUAGCUAAUACCAGUCGAAUGCUUGAUAGUAGUGUACUGCAUCAUAAAAAAUCAACUGAGCUAUGUAUACACUAUAGACAAAUAUAAUUUAUGGUCAUUUUCACAAAUCUCUCUCUAAAUUAAUAUGGAAGGGGAGUCAACACUUUUUAGUAUCCACAUAAUAUUUUGUGCAAAACUAAAUAUCUGAAUAAUACUUUUUUUCUGAUUUUUGUAGCAGGAAAUUAGGAAGAUCCUGUAUAUAAAGAUAAACGUUUUUGGUUCUAUAAGAAUCAGAGAUAGAUAUGUGAUCACUAAAUCAUUACAACCCAACUAGAAAAGAAUCGUUUACAUAUAUUUUUUCUCAAUGGAAAAAUGUACCGAUAUUAGGUAUUAUUUCCAGUAUUUUUUAAUUAUAUCUCAUAUAAUUUCAAUUUCAAUUUUUAUAAGCGAAUAUUUGAAUUAAGAAUCUUAAAAAUAUUUUUUUUCUGUGCUUGUCUUCAGCAUACCCCGUGCUCUACAGAUACUUAAUUCAACAACGGAAUUAUAGAGAGUUGAGAUACAUUUCAAAAUAUAGCUUUUUCAAAAAUUUAUCAAUGUGAAUUGCUACAUUUCAACAUGAACUAAAAGAGUUUUGUCGAUUUUCUCUAAAAAAUCAAAAUAUCUUCACUUCCUAAUUCUCAUUUUGAUAGGGAAUAUUUGAAGUACAAGUAUUGUACCUUCGAAGUAGGAGAAAUUAACAAAUAUAGAGGUGUUCUAUGAGAAAAAAGAAAAUGAAUGAAUAAUUUUGAUAUUCUUAGAACUUACGAACAUCCUGUAAAUGAGAGAACUAUAUGUUAAAAUCUCGCCUCUUCAUGAAUCUGUUAUAAAAAAUUUUUUGUGUGUAUUUCAACACCAUAUUUAUUGAUGUAUUAUAAGUUUAGUACACCCUAAUUGAAAAUAGAAUUUGAUCAUUUUGUUGUCAGAGCAAUCAUGCAAAUCUGUGUAUAUUUUACAAAAAUAUGCAAUCUAUCAAUGCUCAGAUGUGAUUUCAAAGUUCACUGUUUGAACAAUAUGUAAAUAUGUACACAAUUUAGCAAAUUCUGAUAUGAAAUCAUUAUCAAAAUAUAAUGUAUAAUGAUUUUUAUUUCGAUGACUACAAUUUUUUUGUAAAAAUAAACUGGAGAACGAUGAAACAAUUGAAUAACCAAGAACUUAAUUAAAUGUUUAUUUCGUAGCUCUAGUUUAUAAUGUAAGUUACUUAAUUUCAUAAAUGGAACAACAUACUUAUAUAUUGGAUUAAUAGUCCACUUUUGAUGGGUUUAUAUGUUUUACCAUUUAUUGUUUGAUUUUUUUUAAUAAAACUUACUAUUGUAAGAAUCAGAAAAAA